UGUGGAUGAAGUAGGAGAAGCAAAAGGGGAUUGAAAAGGGGAUCGCCGCAAACCCAUGAGAGAGUUGUGCAAGCAUCGGGGGACGGGGGACGGGCGGGUACUCGUGGCGACAUCAGGAGUUAGAGCAGUGGUGUUGGGAUUUCCCACCAACAAUUCUUUCUUUCCACGACGCCAAAAGUCAAGGAGCGCGUGAAUCAAGCCAGCCUGUGUCCCCAAUUUGGGACCCACCAGUUUGUUUCCACUGGGUCCUCCCCAACUGAGCUGGGUCUCUCUGUGUGUGUAUGAGUGGCCAUGGUGUGCGCAUCAGCACAGCACCUGUGCAGUGGGAUGGCGUCUGAUGGAGUACCGAAGGUGUUUAGUCUUAAGGAGGUGGAGCAGCACGUUGCCCAGGACGACUGCUGGAUGAUUAUCCACGGCAAGGUCUAUGAUGUGACGACGUUUAUGGAUGAUCACCCCGGAGGCGAUGACGUGCUUUUGCAGACUGCGGGAAAAGACGCAAGUGAAGAAUUCGAUGAUGUAGGUCACAGUAAAAGUGCCAUAGAGCAACUUAAGGAUUUUUACGUCGGGGAAUGCUCAGAAGUUCUCGAAAAAAAGCUGGAGUCUGUCACCGACGCAAAGCCUGCUGCAAAGGAUCCUCCCACUUCGACAAAUGGUGCAGGCUUCUACAGUAAAAUUCUACAGUUUUUGGUGCCUCUCAUGCUUUUGGGAGUAGCAGUGGCACUCAGGAAGUACAGUAAGAAGACUGCUGACGCUAAGUACUGAUUCAUGCUCACUUCUCAUUAAUAAUAAUAUUAUCAAUUUUCUUCUUUUCUUCUUGUAGCACAGUGAAAGUGGUGCAUGAAGAGCAUUCAAGAUAGAGCAUCUUAGAUAUAUUCUAUGCGAAUUUGGAUCAGCUGACUCAAGGCUGCUCUCGUCAUAUUCAUGGCUUCAGUAGAUGCCAUAGACUGUCCUCAUUUUACAGCCAUCGGUGUAGCGGCGCGUUUAUUUUCAUAUCGUGCAGUUACUGAUGUUUAUCUUGAUUAACUAAUGAGAUUAACUCAUUUGACCGCUAA